AGGAAACGGAGCGUCUCUCUCUCUCUCCCCGACUCUCCCUCCCGAUCACUCUUUUCUGUCCCGGCGAUCGCCCGGAGAAAAAUUUAGGGUUUCACCGGAGGAUUCCGGUGGGGAUGAAGUGCCUGCUUAGAUGUUUUCGUCCAGAAGGCGGCGAGGUGCGACGGAAGAACCAUCUGGUUUCCAAUUCGAUUCCAUUCGCAAACAGGGCUGAUCAGGACUCCUUGGUUCCGAAGAGGCAGCUGGGAACCUUUUUCUUAGAUCAUGAGUGUCCCCCUAACCAAGUACAAACACCAAGUUCAAAGGAUAACGCCCCUCAGGAUAGCUUACUCAGGGAACUGAAGCAUGAGGCUGCAUUUCUCAAGAAUUGUGGUGCUCUACUGCAAACUCCUGCAGAAUUUCACAAAACGUCAGGAGCAACAAAUGAAGCUCCUACUGGUGAUGAUAUAUCUAGCAAUUUUACCUCAAAGAUUUCUGAUACCCUCAAUUUGGAAAUUCUCUGGGAUGAAAAACACGAACUUUCCAGAGAUCUUGUACAGGAUCAACAGAAUAUUUGCCUCUCACAAAGUGACUGUAUCAGUUGUACAGUUGUGAGUCAACCGACAAUGCAGAAUUGUGAAUCCUCUUCUCUUUCAGUUAGUUCAAUCAAGUCUGUUGUCAAUGAUGAAAUACAAAUUGAAUCAGUUGCUGAACUAAAUUCUAGAUGCCACACCCCAGAUAUCUCUCCAAGUCGAUAUGAAUCUCAUAUUCAGCCACAAGCUUCUGUAUGUUCAUCUUUUCCAAUUCCAUUCAAAGUAACUAAGGAGAUGGAGACACAAGCAACUGUCUAUCCAACCAAUUUAGGCAACUUUGCAACUGGCAAAGGUACUAAGAACGGAAACCAGCAUGCAUAUCCAAUUGCAAAUCCCAGGGAAAAUCUAAGAUGCAAGUUGUUGAUUGCAGAUUCAUUGGAACUAUGUCAAUCAUGUGUUUCAGAUUCCAGUGAGAAAAUGCAACAAAAGCCAUCCCUAACGGAGCCCGAGGAAUUAUCUAUCACCCCCGAACUUGUCUCUCCAAGCAAUGACCGAAGACAAAAUGAUCAUGAUGUUAUCUACACUGAUAAACAUGUCUCAGGGAAGACUACAAACAAUUUGGAAACACCGUAUACUAAUAGUAGAGACAUGAAAGCAUUAGUCCCAGCAUGCCCAGAACAAGCAGUAUCCCAAUGGCUAAAAUCUUCUAUUGCAAUUGGAGUGUGCAAUGAGACGAAGGAAAACUCAUACUCGACGAAGAGUUCUGAUGCCGACAGGCCUAUUCUGGGUUUGGUUGCAGCACACUGGAAAGACGAAGCACCUGAGCAUAGAUCACCAAAACAGUGGGAUGGAAAUGGAAUUCCAAACUCCACAAACAAGUACAAAGAGGAUCAGAGAGUUAGCUGGCAUGUGACACCGUUCGAAGAGAGACUAGAGAAAGCACUUUCCGACGAAAAUUUCUUUCCAAACAGGAAUUGUCAUCAUGGUAAGACACUAGAGAUCGAGGAUGGAGAGUUAACUGAUACAGCAGCAUCUUAAACCAACCAAGCUAUUGUCGUUGAUACUUGACUGCAAUUACGAUGGGCAAUAUCCGAGCUUGUGAAUUUUGGAUACAUCUUUCUCAUUCCAGUCUAGAUUUUUGAGAAAUAUGUGAAUCGAUCAUUCCUAUCUUGCCGCUUGCAUUGUAUGUACCAAAAAAGAUUUAUUGUGCACAUGUUCUCUUUCUAGUUGAGUGCAAUACAAAUUUCUUCUGGUA